AUGGUUUCGCCUAACUACAGGCCAAAUACACCAACCUACGCAAGAAAUGUCACUAGACAUUUAUCUGAACUUGAGCCUGAUACUACUGCUUUAUGGGGUUGGAUCCUUUUAUUUACUGCUUAUUUUAUUUUUGUAGGUAGUAUGUAUGCAAUUGUUGUAAGUAAAUUUAUGCCUGAAACUGGAAAUAAAAUUGGAUUAAAAUAG